AUGAAGAACGGCAAGUGCAAGAGCAAAGCAACCAAGACCUACGGGAAGAAGACCAGCACAGCGCGACCAAAGCCCGCAGCGAAGGCCACGACAGCUCUGAAGACUCUGAAUAUGAAAAAACCAAGGAUGCCAACCUCUGUAAAGAUUGCAAAGGAGAAAGGGAAGGCGGCGAGGGUAGCUGCUUUCGGCGAGAAUCGUUGUGCAGCUUCUGGCGCUGCGGAAGUGGAUGAAAUUGCUGUCAUGACAGAAGCGCGCAAUCGACAUGAUGAGAUAGCUGACACAAAGACGAAAAAGAAGAAGAAAAUCAGGACAAUCCAGAACACAUCGAGCGCCACGCCUCCAACAACGACGACGCCUUUCACGUCAAAUGCACUGAAGACAACCAUUGUCACUGGGCCACACAAGAAGAAGCGGAAGCCGGUGCCAUCUUUACCACUUCCCGACGACGAGAACUCUAUCAAGCUCAUUGUGUCCGCAAUCACCAAGUGUCUCACUACUUCUUCCAUAAUCGGCGACAACCGUGCGGGCACUCCACCGUCUACUAUUCCUUCUGAGGUAUUGAGGAGAUGCUGGGUGCAGAAAACGAUGAGUACGAUAACCUCGGCCGUGAAGACACCGAAACCGAGUUCUGCUCUUGCGACGAUGAUGCGGAAAGUGAGCGCUGGGAACAAGAAGAUCGAAGUGACGAAAAAGUGGACUGAAGCGAUGAGGAAAUGGAUGGCCAUACUGGCAAUGAGACGACUUCACAAGAACAAGGUGUUGCUGCAGCAGACGCUAACGCUGUCGGUGAAGUAG